UACGGCAAGCACAACGUUCAACGAUGCAUAUCAUAAGAAUUCAUAAAGUGAUUGGUCGUUUUAUUUGGCUCUUACAUCUUGUUGGUGUUUGGAACUAUGGAGAUAAGCCAGUUAAAGAACAUAUAAUCAAACUGAUCUAUUGCAUGUACUAUGUCCUUUUUGUCGUUGCAUUGACGUUAGGAGCUGUUUCGAGUAAAACUAAAGACGAGGCUAUAUUUACAGCGGAAAUAGCAAUCAAGGUUGCGGUUUUGACGGUUAAAUUUUUUGUUUUAAUUUGGCAACAGAAGCAAAUUCAGAUAAUGAUCAAUCGAAUCGGUGUCCUUUCGAUACGCCAUGAUGAAAGCUUCACGUUUUGUAAUGAACAAUUGGAUAGAUUUAUGAAAUGGGCGGUUGUGUUCUUAAUUAGCAUGUUAAUAACUUCUGUUUUUGCUGGUGUCAUUUCACCAUUCCUUGGAGAUUUGAUGUUCAAAAUUGCAUUUCCUUGGGAUUAUAAAAACAAUGAACUUGCAUUCUUCAGCGCAAAUGUUUUUGUUGCCUCCGAAGUGUUUCUAACCAACUGGCCAAUCAUGUUUUCAGUCAUAAUUUGGUAUUUGAUGUUUUCAUGUGGCUUAAGAUAUGAAGUUCUAGCAGUAGAUCUGAGAAACAUGGGACGAAUCGUCGAACAAGAGAAGGCAAACAUGUCGGAUAAGGAAAUGCAAAGGAUUUUUUAUCAAGACCUAAAAAUGGCGAUUGUCUCUCACAAACAGUUACGGAGAACAAUUGACGAAUUUGGAUCCUUUUCUGCGAAUUUAUUUUUUCUUCAAUUCUGCAUCAGUGGUAUUUGCAUCUGUACAUCAACUUAUUGCCUGGCAAUCAAUAUCAGCGACAAUAUGGUGGAACGCUUCGUUUACAUUUACUCGUUUCUUUACAACAUUUCCGAAUUGUUUAUGAUCACGUACCUUGGGAACAACAUCAAACUGUCAAGCGAUCGACUCUUAUACAGUUUAUUUGAAUCGCAAUGGACGGAUCAGCCACUAUCAACCAACAAGUGCGUCAUCAUUUUUGGUGAAUAUUUGAAACAACCGCAUGUGCUGUUGAUUGGUAAAUUGUAUCCAUUAACAUUGGAAACAUUUAAUAAGAUUCUAAAUUCAGCUUACAGCAUGUUCAAUAUUUUAAACGAGUAGAUGUGCAGGCUGUUCAUUAUAUAGUUACAAUUAGAUUGUUCGAUAGGAUUUGUCGCAAAUACUCUUGCAAAAACUUGCAAUCUCACUACUUGUUAAACCUCUCACUUAUAAGAAACAAUGAUUC